AUGGUGAAAGGAAAAAAGCAGCAAGCAAAGACAACUUCAUCCAAAGUGGUGAAACCAUUGGAUGAAUUUCUUGGAUUUAAAGUACUUCCUGUGCUUGUGAAAGAAAAUUGUCGACAUUACAUGUACAUGAAGCAACAUAUUGCCCGAUCAUCCGCCAGUGAUCUCCCCGAAGAUCAGACGCUCUUCCUCGUUAACUUGCCAGCAGAUACCACCGACCAGCAUCUGAAGCAUUUCUUUGCUCCCAGCAAAAUCGCACACAUCUAUUAUCAAGGUUCACUAAGCUCAGCACAGAUUGAAGGACAGGAACCUAUCCCGGCUACACAUCACACAAAGCAACCUAGAGGAAAGAAGCGAAAAGCAUUAGAAGCAGCGAUCGUGAAUGCCAAGCCCACAGAAUUAAGGCAUCUGUUUUCUGGAGGCAAGUCCGCACACAUCGUAUUUGAAUCAGCACGUGAUUUGAACCGAGUAUUGGAGUUCACCCGCAUUGAUCGAAAAUGGACGUUGGGUGAAGAAAAGGAUACCGUGCAACCCUUGGGAUUCCAACGCUAUGUCCUUGCAUUUGAACUUUCGCGACCGGAUCACGAGUCACUUCAGCAAAAUGUGGAUUCGUUUAUGAUGAAGUUCAAAGCAAAUGAAUAUCAGAAAGAACGUGAAGCUUUGGAACGCAUGAAUAAGAUGGAUGAAGACGGUUUUGUUGUUGUAACACGACACAAGAAGGUCAAGACGAGCGAUGGCACCGUGAAUGUGUUAGCAGGAGCCGCCGAGCCAAUCAUUGAUCCCAGAAAAGUAAACAAGAAGAAAGAACUCGUCGACUUUUAUCGGUUCCAACUUCGAGAAAAGAAACAGAGUGAAUUGCUUGAUCUGCGGCGACGUUUCGAGGAGGACAAGGCAAAAAUUGCUCAAUUGAAGCAGUCAAGGAAGUUUAAGCCUUUUUAG